ACGCUCAUUCACUCCAUCCUUCAUACUUUGAAGUCACUCUUCUGGGCGCUUGUACUUCUGGCACUCAUUGUCUAUGUAUUUGCCCUGAUUUUCACACAAGCAGUUGCUGACCAUGUCCUGGACCCGAUGGCGCCGGCACUUCCAGAGCUCGACCAAGAGGCGAGCCGGAAGUACUUCGGGAGUCUGAUGGAGACCAUGCUGAGUUUGUUCAUGACGAUCUCGGACGGAGUGAGUUGGGAAAAGAUUAUCUCGGUUCUCUCGUCCAUCUCCUUGGUUUGGACGGCCUUCUUCAUCUUCUACGUCGCGUUCGCGUACUUUGCUGUGUUGAAUGUCUUGACGGGCGUUUUCUGUCAAAGCGCUAUCGAAAGUGCGCAGAACGACCAUGCGACAGCAGUUCAAUCCAUGAUUGCAAACAAGGAGGCGCAUCUGACGAAGGUGAGGGCCCUCUUCAACCAAUUGGGAACUGAUGAGAGGUCCGUGAUCACCUACCGGCAGUUCGAGGAGAAGAUCAACUCAGAUGAAGUCAGAGAGUACUUCGAAACUCUUGGUCUGGAUGUUUGGGAUGCUUGGAGCUUCUUCAAACUGCUAGACAGAGACGGAGGUGGUUCUGUGGAAAUCGAGGAGUUCCUCAAAGGGUGUUUGCGCUUCCGCGGUCAAGCAAGGGCCAUCGAUAUUGGACAGCUGAUACAUGACCAGGAGUGGCUGAUCAGAAACCAGGGGAAGUUCCAGACCUACAUGGAGCUGGAACUGGGCAAAUUGAAGAAACAGUUGGUGGCCCUGAACACCAUGUUGGUGGGCCUUCCCUUGCGCCCUUCUCCACCCAUGAGCAGAGACAGGGAGAGGGAGGAGGGCGAAGUCCCUGUGAGCCCCCUCGGCAGUGUCAGGCUCCGAAACCGAAUCUCUAGCGACGAGCGGACGCCCGCAGAUCCAGUGAAUGCCCCAGUGAGUGUGCCGAGCACCAGGGUGCAGCUUGACACCUAAGGAUUGGUGCAGUUUGGCACUAGAUUCACCUGGAUGGAGAUGGUAUUAGUUGAG